UGAACAGGGACAAGACUCUUGAGAAGGGCGAGGUAGUAGUCGUCGGUGUAUCUUAUUGCUCUACACCGUGCGUGGUCGUCAGUCUAAGUUGCUCUCGCAGGAGAAGCGGUGGUGAGGAGCGAGGUAGCGGGCGGAGGCGGCGAGGGAUGAUGGUAUAGCGGGUGUCGAGGGUGGGAGGGGUGGGGUGUGUGAAGUAGGUGGGAGGGGUCUAUUUCACCAAUCGAGAGUAAAGGUUUAGUCUCGAUGGGAGUUGUUUGUUAGGUACAGGAAGGAAAGAGGUGGGAAAGGGGAAGCAGCGUUGCGGGUGGAAGAUGAGUGCCUUGGCUUGAAUGGUUCCCUUUCCCCCCGUCGGCUGCUUCUACGACGAUGGCCGAGGUGCGGCUGUCCGUUCUUCCUUUCCCCAACCCCAAGCAGCACCACGGGCCAGCCUCGGACAUCGUCUGCCCGAAUUACACGGAAGGGGGGCAGAGCAGGGGCCACCCUUCAUCCACCCCACCCCACCUUCCCAACAAAUUUCCACACCCAGCUCCCCCUCAACCCCGCAAGCCCCGAAGACGACCGCCACUGCACCUUCUGCCGCCCAACACCCCAGACCAAGCCCGGAGCCGAGCAACGUCCCUCCCUCGCGGCGCACCGCACGGCAUGCACCCACCCCAUCCGGGACGGAACGGCACGCUUCAAAGCACGCACACACCCACGCGCCAUUCAGGAGCUCACAAGAAAGGGAAGAAAGCAGGAUGCAAAUGUGCAUUGGUAUGUAAUUGAACUGAUUGAUGACUCAAAAGACCAGAAAAGGGGCAGAAGAUUAUUUUGGGGGCGUGGUAGUAAAGGAACCCCUUCAGGCACA